AUGGGAAAGCCGGCGGCAAAGAUUACCAACCAUCGUUCAAAUUCAAGAGCCUUCGACGAAGACAUGGAGAUAUUCAUCACCAGAGCACUCGAGCUCAAACAAGAAGGCAACAAACUCUUCCAAGAACGUGACAACGAAGGAGCGAUGCUAACUUACGAAAAAGCCCUCAAGCUUUUACCUAAAGACCAUAUCGACGUAGCGUAUCUAAGAACAAGCAUGGCUUCUUGCUACAUGAGAAUGGGAUUAGGUGAGUAUCCAAACGCUAUAAACGAAUGUAACUUAGCUCUUGAGGCUUCUCCUAGGUAUAGUAAGGCUCUAGUGCGAAGGUCUCGGUGUUACGAGGCUUUGAAUAAAUUAGAUUUAGCGUUUAGGGAUGUUAUUAUUGUUCUGAACAUGGAGACGGAUAACGUGUCUGCCAAGGAAGUGUUUGAGAGGGUGAAGAAGAAGCUUGUGGAGAAAGGUAUCGAUGUGGAUGAAAUGGAGAAGAGCUGUGUGAAUGUGAAUGUGAAGAAGAGUAAGAAGAAGAAGAAGAAGAGUGGUGUUGAGAGUCCAAAAAAGUCUGAGAUUGAUGCAAAGAUGGGUGAUAAUAAAGAAGAAAAGAAAACUAAAUUCAAGAAACAGAAAAAGAAAAGUAAUUAUAAGGCAGAAGAAGAUGAAAAGGUUGUUGUCAUGGACAAAAAGGUCAUUACUAUUGUUGAAGCAUCAGAUGAAACGGUUACUAGAACGGUUAAGUUAGUACAUGGAGAUGAUAUUAGGUGGGCACAGUUACCGUUAGAUUCUAGUGUUAGAUAUGUAAGAGAUAUAAUCAAAGAUCAUUUUCCUUCUCUGAGAGGGUUCUUGAUUAAGUACAAGGAUCAAGAAGGUGAUUUAAUUACCAUUACAACAACAGAUGAGCUGAGAUUAGCUGCUUUUAGUAAUGAUAAACUUGGUUGUUUAAGAUUAUAUAUAGCUGAAGUUAGCCCUGAUCAGGAACCAAACUAUGAUGGUAUUGAAGAGUAUGUGGAAUCUGACAAAGCAUCUAUGUAUUUUGAGAAUUGGAAUUUUCAGUUUGCGCAGAUGUUUAAGAACCAUGUAGGGUUUGAUUCUGAUUCUUACUUGGAGCUUCAUGACCUUGGGAUGAAGAUGUAUACAGAAGCAAUGGAGGAAGCAGUAACUGGUGAAGAUGCUCAAGAGCUUUUUGGAGUAGCAGCUGAUAAGUUUCAAGAAAUGUGUGCAUUAGCUAUGUUUAACUUGGGUAACAUUCACAUGUCUAAGUCAAGGAAGCGAGUCUGUUUCUCUGAAGAUGCUUCGAGAGAAGAUGUCAUAGAAUCUGCAUUUGUGUGGACUUUGAAUGAAUACAACAAAGCUGCUGAGAAGUAUGAAGAAGCUAUUGAGAUUAAACCUGAUUUUUAUCAAGCUCUCAUUGCACUUGGUCAACAACAAUUUGAACAUGCAAAGCUUUUGUGGAGCAAAGAAAGUGAGGCUUCACAUGAGGUUCUUAUGCUCUAUAACAAAGCUGAGGAUAGCAUGGAGAGAGGUAUGCAGAUUUGGGAAGAGAUGGAAGAGACAGCUAAUAUGAGUUCUCAGAUUAAUCUCUUGUGGGGUUCAUUGCUAUAUGAACGGUCUAUAGUGGAGUACAAGCUUGGGUUACUAACUUGGAAGGAAUGUUUAGAGGUUGCAGUUGAGAAAUUUGAAUUAGCUGGAGCUUCUUCAACUGAUGUAGCUGUGAUGGUAAAGAAUCAUUGUUCAAGCGAGAGUGCACUUGAAGGUAUGGGGUUCAAGAUUGAUGAGAUAGUACAGGCAUGGAAUGAGAUGUAUGAUGCCAAAAGAUGGCAGACAGGUGUGCCAUCUUUCCGGUUAGAACCUAUGUUGAGGAGACGAGCUCUGAAACUGCAUGAUGUUUUAGAGAAUGUAUUUUCUGGAUCUGCUUGAUGGAACACUUGUCUCAGUAGUAUCAGUAGGCAAGAUUUGUUUGUUUGGGAGUGGUGUUCAUUUUUAUCUCCUCUCAUUUGGUUUGGUUUAGUCUCAUUUUCAAAAACAUUAUAUAUCUUUUUUUGGGUGGAUAUAUACUCUUUGCCUCUGCAAAUAUUCAUGUGGUGGCUGAGACUGAUUGGGAUUCAGUCUGGAGAAGAAGAUUAUAGAAUAGAUGGUGAUACUUCUCUUCAUAUUGAUUGUUCUUUGUUUUGUUUGGUUUUUUAUACCAUACCUCUGUAAUCUUUUUUAGUAGUUAUUGAUUUGGAUUAAUGUCUGUUAAAUAUAUGUGUUGUGUGAAUGUUGUACUUCUGACUUCAGAUUGUUUUAUUUCUAGA